UCUGUCUGUUGCUUGAUGUCCACAAUGUCUUCCAAUGUGGCAAAUGUGUCAGAGACUUGUUUCGCUGCUUGAACGGAAUAAACCACAAUGAGCAGUCACAAGAAAGGGAAGAAGGCUGAAAAGCCUAACAAGCCCAGUGAAAAACACAACAAUCACCUAGUGUCGGGUCUCGAAGAUUACAGAGUUAAGGUGCAAGAUAAAAAUAAAGGCAAUGUCAGCGUUCCAGAUCAAGAUAACUCUCCUUCACUUAAAGUGGAAAUGCAAACAUUGCGCCUUGCCAAAAAUUUGGAGUCUCAAAUGUUGGAUACCUUACGGCAUCUAUAUGGAGAGAACUUUGCCUUAAGAAAUCAGUCGCACUAUCGUGACAAGGGGGCCAAUCUGGGGCGACAUUAUUGGAUAGGCAGUGGAGGUCUUCGUGUUAUGGGUGGAACAGACUAUUCUCAAAAAAACCGCAAGAAAACAUUUGCUGAACAAAAUGCUUUUGCCAUUGGCAAACUCAAGGGGUAUGGUUUCCAUGAAUCCCACUGCAUAGAAACUCUUCAAGCAACUCAAGGUGACCUGGGUGCUGCCUUAGAAAUGCUGAUAUCACAUUAUUUUCACCUCCCUCUACCCUCAUCUGAUGCACCAAAGUCUGACAUACCUGAUGACAUACUAGAGCAAAGGACAGAUGAGAAGGCCUCCCUGGAAUCAAUUUAUGAAAAAGCUUUUGAAGAGAGAUUGCCCAAUAGAGUAUGGGCAGCAAAAUUGGAUCUACCUUACCUCCUCGAGCGCUGUAAAGUCCCACAACAUGGUAAAUCACAAUCCAGUGAUGGUCGAAACCGCCAACAAAAGGCUAACAGGAAUACCCGAUCUAAGGAAUUAUGCAACUUUAUUGCUAGUGGUAAGCCAUGCAAAUAUGGUGAUAAGUGUAGGUUCUCUCAUAAAGUCUCAACUUCCAAAGAGAACUCUGCUGAAACUGUUCAACCUGAAGAUAAUGAGUUUACAUUGGAAAUAAGAUUUCCUCCUGGUUCCAAAUAUCCACUAGAGUGUCCACUGCUGUGUAUUAGUACACCUUUCCACUAUUUCCCUCCUGCCCUAUGCUUGCGAAUAACCAGUAGGCUGAUUACUGAAGCAAGAGAUUGUGCUGAACAGGGUUUCCCAUCAAUUUAUACCCUAAUUGACUUACUGCAAAAUCAACCUAGUGAAAUUUUGGACCAUUUGAAUAAGAUUGGAGAAGCAUUUCCUGAUCCCAAUGAACCACUUUUGGGAUCAAGUGUUGAGUCUGAAGAGGAGAGUGAUGAUGUAGAGGAAGCCAUCGAAGAAUCAAAAGAAAAGGUUCAAGUUCGAAGACAGCGCAGAACCUCAGCAAAUUUGAUUGAACGUCAAAGGCAAGAUGAGCGACUUGCAAGAACCUUUCUAGACAAGAGAAAAAACGAGUUGUAUGAGAAGAGUCUUAAAGACAGGCGAAAUCUUCCUGCAUGGCAGAAAAUGCCAGAAAUUCUAGAAGCAGUAAAAAAUUUUCAGGUGGUUGUAAUUUGUGGAGAAACUGGAUGCGGUAAAAGCACACAAGUUCCCCAAUUCUUGCUUGAUGAGUGGCUUCUUAAUUAUACAAUGGACCAAAGUAAAACAUGUGAAAUAGUUUGCACCCAACCUAGAAGGUUAUCUGCUAUUGGUGUUGCUGAAAGAGUUGCUGAUGAGCGUGUUGAAAAAAUUGGUGGUACAGUAGGAUACCAAAUUCGUUUGGAAAGUAAGCUCUCGUCUCAGACACGCCUCCUUUUUUGUACCACUGGUAUUCUCCUCCGAAGGCUUGAAAAUGAUCCUGAGUUGAGGUCUGUUUCUCACAUAGUUGUUGAUGAAGUUCAUGAAAGGAGUGAAGAAAGUGAUUUUCUCCUCUUUAUUCUUCGAGAGCUUCUUCCAAAAAGGCCUGAUCUUCGAGUUAUUCUUAUGAGUGCAACUAUCAAUGCAGACUUGUUUUCAGCUUAUUUUAACAAAAUUCCCACAGUGGAAAUACCUGGAAGAACUUUUCCUGUUCAGCAAGUGUUCUUGGAUGAAAUUAUUGAAAAAACCAAUUACAUCCUUGAAGAGGACUCCAAAUUUGCUCGAAAAAUCAAAGAAAAGAAACGUAACUUUACUGACAUUGAUCCUAAUUCUAUUGAAUGUGAAUUGGGCACUGCAGAUGUUUUGACUCAAACUGCACUGGCUCCCAAAGACAAUGUGAGGGAUGAGGUGCUGUCACUACCACAACUCAUGGCUCGCUACAGUGAUCGUAAUAUGACUACUGUGAAGUCUUUGUAUUUGAUGGAUCCUGAAAAAGUAAAUUAUGAUCUCAUUGAAACUGUUGUCACAUGGAUUGCUACAGGAAAUCAUGACUAUCCAAAGAAAGGCUCCAUACUAGUUUUUCUACCAGGUAUAGCUGAGAUUCGAGCACUGUACAAUCAAUUGCAGGAUAAUCCUGUGCUUAGCCCUCGCCAUGGCAAUUUUGUCCUUGUUCCUCUACACUCUUCCUUAACAUCAGAGGAACAAGCUGCUGUAUUCAGGAAACCCAAGGGUGGUGCAAGAAAAAUCGUCCUGUCCACAAAUAUUGCUGAAACUUCUAUCACAAUUGAUGACUGUGUGUUUGUUGUUGAUGCAGGGAGAAUGAAGGAAAAGAGGUUUGACUCAAAUAAGAACAUGGAAAGUCUUGAACUUGCUUGGGUUUCUCGUGCAAACGCUUCGCAACGCCGUGGGCGAGCGGGUCGAGUAAUGCCGGGCGUUUGUGUCCAUUUGUAUACAAAGUAUCGUCAUGACAAUAAUUUCUUAGCACAACCUGUUCCGGAGCUUCUCAGAAUUCCAUUGGAGCAGCUCAUACUGAGGAUGAAAGUGCUUCGGCACUUCUGUGAUAGAGAUAGUCAUGAUAUAUUUGGCAACAUGCUUGAAUCUCCUGACAGUGAAAGCAUCAAUCAGGCACUUCUAAGAUUGCAAAAUAUAGGGGCCUUAGAUGACAAGCAAACUCUGACCCCCUUGGGUUGCCAUCUUGCUCAGCUUCCUGUUGAUGUCAGGAUUGGAAAGUUGAUGCUUUUUGGUGCAAUUUUUCGCUGUCUGGAUUCUGCACUUACAAUAGCUGCCUGCUUGAGCUACAAAUCUCCCUUCUCAGCACCAUUUAAUAAGAGAGAUGAAGCUGAUGCCAAGAAGAAAGAGUUUGCUGUUGCAAACAGUGACCAGCUUACAUCACUGAAAGCUUACACUAGUUGGCUGAAAAAGAACCAGAUUAGUAAGCGCGCUGGUGAUACUUUUGCUGAUGAAAACUACUUGUCAUGGCGCACACUUGUGACAAUUGCUGACAUGAAACAUCAAUUCUUGGAGCUAUUAGCAGAUAUAGGCUUUGUUUCUGUGACAUCCAAACGAAGGAGAAGUGGUGAAGAUAGUGUUAUUCAAUUGAGUGGAAGUGAGUUGAAUGAACAUGGAGAAAAUCACAAGUUGCUUGCUGCCAUACUUUGUGCAGCUCUGUAUCCCAACAUUGUGAAAGUUCUGACUCCGGCCAAAACCUUUGCAACUAGUGCGGUCGGCUGUGUUUCCAGACAAUUCCGACCAGAGGAAAUUUCAUUCAAAACCAAACAAGAUGGCUAUGUUCAUCUUCAUCCAUCAUCUGUCAACCACAAUUGUAUCAACUUCACCAGUCCAUAUCUGGUGUAUCAAGAGAAAGUGAAGACAUCCCGUGUGUUUGUAAGGGAUUGCUCCAUGGUCUCCAUGUUGCCUCUGGUGCUGUUCACAGGAAAAGACGUUGCAGUGGAAUUGCACGGUGGCACUACAGUACUUUCUUUAGAGGAGGGCUGGAUCAUAUUCUCUGUUGAAGCACAUCAGAUUGCAGAGCUGAUUUCUCACAUGAGACAGGAAUUAGACAAGAUUUUACAAGACAAAAUUGAAGAUCCAUCUCUCAAUCUAUUUACUAAUUCAAAAAGCAGAAAGGUCAUAUCUACAAUUAUAACGAUGAUAACAGAAGGGUAGCAUUGUAUUUCAGAUUUGUUAUUAUGCAUGCUGCAUUCUUCUCGGAUAUAUUAAUGAUAGUUCCAGUUCUUAAUGCACAUUUUAUUAAUGUACAGAUUUUAUAAAAUUAUUUAUGUAUCGUAAGAGCAUAUAUAUUUUGUGAUAUUGACUAAUUUUCUCACAGAAGUGUUGGAUGUUACAGCUUUUAGGAAUGUAAUUUAUUACUUUGUCUGUUACAAUUUGUUAUAAGCCUUCUGGUAGGGUAUGAAAAAAAGAAGGAAGGGCUUUGUUAACUUUAACUUCUAGCAUCAACACAGAUGUUCUAUUUACAAUGACUUUGUUUUAGCCAUUCACUCUGAUAUACAAGUGAAAUUUCAAAACAAAUCCAUGUAGGAAAUUACAAUUUCUGUCAGAUGUGAUGCUUUCAGCUUGGAAACUGGAGCAUUAUCACCCUAUUUCCUCUGUUUGUUCAUGACAAUUUUCUUGAAUCCGCUAGGUGUUUUUGUAUGUUUUGUUUUUGGUGUCACGAAAAGAAGGUACUGUGCACCUUGCAUCAUAGGCUAAGACUUUCAAUUCGCCAUGUCGGCGUGAACACUGAGGUCAACAUAUGGCGGAACAUGGCUUUAAUAAAGUGACGUUGUAUAAUGU